AUGUUGGCAACUUACAAUCGAGGCAAUUUUCCGCAAGGGCUGAAUGGACUGCCACCACAGGCACAAGUGAUUGAUCCAUCAACCUUUGCGGCGAUGCCGGUGGUGCCCCCGGAGAGUAUUGCCAAUAUCACUACUGUCUUUAUCCCGCCUGGUUCUACUAUGGAAAGCUUGCAAGAACGGCCAUUCCAUAUUUAUCAUCAGGACUUUGUGCAUAUUCUGGGACCAAACCCGACGCUUACGCUCAUUGCCGACUCAGGUAGUGACCCGUUGUUCCAUGAAGCCUUUGUGUGGUAUCCUCCGACGAAUGAAGUCUUCUUUGCCCAAAAUGCUGGAGCCCGGGCAGCUGGAACCGGGCUGAAGAAGUCCAGCCUAAUUCUCAAAAUAUCCAUGAACGAAACCGUGGCCCUCUCGAGCGAGCGGGACGCUGUCGGUAAAGUUCAAGUCGACGUGGUUCCUAUCGAGCCCCAAGUCAUCAACCCAAACGGGGGGACAAACUACAAAGGAAACAUGCUGUUUACAGGCGAGGGAAUGGGCGCAAAUAUUGCCCCGGCCCUCUUUGCCGUUAAUCCUGUCCCGCCCUACAACUCUACGGUGCUUGUAAACAACUACUUCGGUCGCCAAUUCAACUCCCUCAAUGACGUUGCUGUAAACUUCCGAAACAAGCACAUUUACUUUACGGAUACGGUGUACGGCUAUCUGCAGGACUUUAGGCCUAGACCUGGUUUGCCGAACCAAGUCUAUCGCUUCGAUCCUGAUACCAGAGCCGUUACCGUCGUGGCAGAUGAGUUUGUGAACUGCAACGGCAUCACAUUUUCACCCGAUGGACGAUAUGCCUACGUCACCGACACCGGGGCUGGCAAGGCCUUUCGAGGCUAUGACAACGCUGGGCGUUCCACAAUUUAUCGCUACACUGUAGCUCGAGAUGGAACGUUCAAGGACCGAAGGGUAUUCGCCUAUGCCGGAGCUGGCCUCGCGGAUGGAAUACACUGCGACUCCAGGGGCAAUGUCUAUGCUGGCUGUGGGGAUGGCGUCCACGUGUGGAAUCCUUCUGGCACCCUCUUGGGGAAGAUCUUUCUCGGCGAGACAUCUGCCAACUUCCAGUUUGCGGGCGACGGCCGAAUGGUCAUUGGGGCUGAAACGCAUCUCUAUUAUGCGACUUUGGCUUCCAAAGGAGCGCCCAUCUCGUAG